AGAGGAGGCGUUGGCCUGGCAUGGGCUUGGUGCAGUUACAGAACACCUAUACUCUACCAUUUAGUGCAGCCUUCUAAGCUGUAUGCGUAGAUGGUUUACGUGCUGUCUAAGAAUUGGAACACAGCGACAGUGUUGUAGAGGUAUUUCAAAAACGCUGUAGUUCAUAUUACCACCACCACCCUCACACACGUCAGAGAGCCAGACGACACGUGACACGUUCUGGAAGAAUCGGCGGCAGCACUAGCUGCACCAACUGGUAGGUGUUCUGUGGCAGCACCCGAUCGACGAGACAAACGCGGCGCCAAAGUUCGUAUCCAACUUUUCUGUGGCUAUUCUGCACUUCGGGCGACCGUUCGCAUACAUCGGCUUCUGUCAUCUUGCGUUUGCUCAGCUCUGACCCACAGAGACCAUGGACAAGAAACGGGAACAGUGUAUAGAUCGUAUCCACGAAGCUUUGUCGGAGGACACUUCUAUCACAAAGAGGAACCAGCGAAUUCUUCGGGAAGUUCUGGAUUGCCUCUGUGUACAGAUGAAGAGUGACCUCUUGUUUGCACGGAUAUUUAACAGAUUGACUUACACUGGAAGCAGCUUCGAAGGGUUGCGGAUCCGUCAAGCUGAUGAGUUCGACAUCAAUUUAGUUAUGAAAUUGCCCAUCCAGGAAGGUGAAUUUAAGAUAGUUGCUGAAAGGCCAGGUCAUGUGAGCUAUAUGCUAACUAUGGCUUGCAAAGAGCGUCUUAAGAAGACCAUGGACGGCCGAGAAAUGCAUUGUUUAUUUAAACUCUUUACCACCGAUCUCAAGUUUAUGCCCACAUGGUGGCGGGAGUGGUUUCAAUCUGUUGUGGACAAAGCCCUGAAAAAUUUUACACCACCAUGUGCCGAGGAUGGCUCUCAACGGUUCACAGUGCAUCAACGGGCAAGUGGGCCUGCCAGGACACUGUUUGUGUACCUUCCAGACCAUAGCCGCAUAGACAUAGACUUGGUGCCUGUAUUGGAGUACAUCUUCAAGCAGCUGCCUGCUGAGGUGCCUCGUCAUGGGUGGUUUAAUGAACUUCUGAGAAAGGGUGAGAAAAGGUGGCUCAUGGUUCCGAAGCCUCCCAAAGACGACGACCACCUCUGGCGCAUUCACUUCCCAUAUGCCGAGCGAAAGUUAAUGAAGGAUUUGGAAUGCAUUAAGCCUACAAUUAGGCUGAUAAAAGCUCUGAGGGACAAGCACAAGUGGGCGCUAGCCUCCUACUCUGUGAAGACUGUGGUCAUGCAUCACAGGCUGGAACACCGGAGCACUGUGUACUGGCAGAACAAAAACCGGUGGACAGUAUUGAAUGAUGUCCUUAAGAGGCUUCAUGACGUCGUGCAUCCUUCUGGGCCUGGAAUCCUGUUCUCUAUACGAUGAAAAUGUGAGCUUAAUCCCAGACAUGUCAAAAGACACAAGAAAAAACAUAGCACAACGCCUUCAGAAAAUUCUGAACGUCUUGGCCAGGGACUCCGACAGAGUUUGCGAGUUUUUUCUGGAAACUACCGAUAGCGCCAGUGUGGCUUCUAAUGUGGAGGAAAAUCUUUGUGACCAAUUGGUGAUCUCUUCUGCAUCGACCACAGAAGUCUGUGAAACGCCUUCCAGCCCUGGAAUAGGCAGCGUUGUCGAUGGCAUGAUUGGUGAAAGACCCUGCCGUCCACUUCUCAGCUCUACAGUGAACGCAUUAGCCUACGAGGAAUGCAAUAGUUGUCAGGCAAAAAGUUGUUUGCAGCGACUUGGAGCAUGAAAAUGGAUGUAACGAUGCUCAAGGUCACAUUGUGUAUUCUAGCUGAUGGUGAUCAUUUGCUUGCUGAGACCAGCUGCAGUUUGUGUGGCUGUCAAGAUCAGAGAAUAGAAGUUUCUAAGGAUAUGUUGGACGGUCUUACAGUGCCGUCUUUCUUGGUCUUGAAGCAAAGCUUUAAGCUGACUGGUAAAGUAGCACCACCUCAGUCAGUGCAAACAAGGCUAACGGUAAUGAAAGAAGGGAAACCUCUUGUGAAGACGUGCUUUUACCUGCAGUUACAGAGGUGUGUUGAAGAGUGUCAAGUAAGAGUGCCAUUUCCACGAGCAGAGCCACAUGCCAAGUUGUAAACAUUCGAAACUGGCGAAAGUUGGGCAAGUGGAAUGGCUGCUCUUUGAAGUGGUCUUCCCAAUUACAUCGCUGUAUCACCUGACACCAAAAUAUGUGUAAAAUUUGACUUACUUAACUACCAUUUGUUUUAAUUCUGUAGUUCUCGAUCAAGUGUAUUGCUUUGUAUAUAUGUAAGAAUUUGUGCCAUGCUUUAUUCCAUUACUAUAUGCCGAUAAGCAAACAAUUGUUUGUUGACCUUGCUUUGUUUUAUCUAUUUCGCAUGCUGUGUUUAUUAUUUCAUUUUUGUUCUGUUGAUAUGAUUAUUGCUCCAAAGUUGUUUUUAUCUGUAACAUGUUCUCCCACAAUGCUUCGUCUGAAGCCUGCUCACUGGUGGUUGGUAUGAUGGCAUCCCGACAACCUGAACUACGAGCCAUUGGUCUUGUUGCACUGCCGCACGCCUACUUGCAUCCGACAUUUGGUGCAGAGAUAUGACACCUGCUGUGUACUUGGGCAAUGCUGUGCGCUGAAUGCUGAUGCCGUGCUCGUACCUUGAGUCCAUCAACCGCCUUCAAGCUUGAGUAUAGGAACUUGCCGGCAAGUGCUUUUGACGCAGGAACACCUCCACCGACUCUUCCUUGCCCGAUCGGACAUACAUAAACACCUUUGAGUUCUCCUCGGGCACCUUCACUGCUUCGUGUGGAUGGAAGCGAACUUGAGGUGGUACCACAGUUUUGCACCUUCCGUUCACACGGUCGUCGCCAGGAAUGUCCGCACUGAAAUAUAUUUUUUUUUUGUCGUGUUCCGGCGCUAACGGCUUAAAUGAAUCAGUCACUGUACAAAAUUUUCUAUUACUGUUAAAAAAAUUGGCAUUUUCGCUCGCGGAUGAGGGAGUUAAAAGUGGAGUUUAAAUCGCGCUACCAUUUGUGCACGUGUUGCACUUGCACACUCCCGUGCCAUCAUUGACACGUCGGUUUGUUGCUGAAGUAUGUGCACCAGAUUAUCAGGAAUCCCUGCCCAUCUCCAUUCGUAACACUUAUUAGGCCCAAUUGCUGCGCAUGAAAACAUCCCACACACCGUGCUCAACACUCCGCACCAAGGUGGCUCCACAUGCCGUCCCUCCCCUCUUUCUUACAGAAGGAUGUUCCUGUAGUGGGGCCGUUGCAGUGAGGGAGGUUACUUUACUGUGAAUGCCAUAUGUAAUUCCAAUGACCGAGUCCGAACCAAGAAAUGAACAAAAAUCAUAUUCUCAAUUAAAGGCGCCGUGACAUGGUUGCCCAACCUGCUUUUCGUGGUUUUCCUAUAAGUCUAUGCACAUAGAAAAAGUUGUCCGUAAUAGAAUAUCUCAGUGCAAAACAAGCCUUAGAUGUCGCCGCCGGCGACUGCCAUUUUUAGCAUGGCCAGUGAUGGAAGUGCUGUUCCAAUUGUUUCAAACUGCUCCAAAAUAGAAAUGCUACUCUGAACAGUAAAUUUUGUCAGUAAUUGCUCCAACCCUGCUCUGAAAUGGCACUAAGAGAAUGAUAAUGAUAAGCUUGUACUGUUUGCCCAGCUCGUAAGUUAAAGAAACUGAAAAUAAUUCGUAUACUAUCAUCUCAGUACGCUACUAUAGUGUGUAGCAUUAUCGAUAAGAACGGGCAUAUUAAGCAUAUGGCUAGUUUGGCAACUUUUAUUUUUCCAGCUAAAUAUGCAGGCGGUGUAGUGAAAUGUGCAAAUGAGCAGAAUCGCUUUUAUUUGGCAACAGUUAUGUGAGACAUGGUUACUUCUAAAAUGUGGUGCUCAGUUUAACUAGGUAGAUUUUUUCGCAGCACAUUUUCGACAACCAGCCAUUUUUUUAAAUGCAACUUUUUAAAAUUUACAUUGAUUGGUGUCUGUGAAAUAUAUAUAAUAAUAAAUUUUGAUAUUGACGA